GCCGCCGACUCGAAGCGCGAGCAGUUCCGGAGGUACUUGGAGAAGUCAGGGGUGCUGGACACGCUGACCAAGGUGUUGGUAGCCUUGUAUGAAGAACCAGAGAAACCUAAUAGCGCUUUGGAUUUUUUAAAGCAUCACUUAGGAGCUGCUACCCCAGAAAAUCCAGAAAUAGAGCUGCUUCGCCUAGAAUUGGCAGAAAUGAAAGAGAAAUAUGAAGCCAUUGUAGAAGAAAAUAAAAAACUGAAAGCAAAGCUUGCUCAGUACGAACCACCUCAGGAGGAGAAGCGUGCUGAAUAGGAUCCUUCUCAGUUGAGAAGACACUGAAAAAUGGUUUUGUAUGACUUGAAUAGUUUGUAUAGUGUAUAAUCUUUUCUGAGCAGAUGCUAUAGACCUCUUUUAAUAUGUUAAAUUCACCUAUCACACUUCAGCUGUUAUAAACACAAAUACUUAGAAUCACCAAUAAAAACUGAAUGUAAUUUUCUUUGGGUCUUAAAGCAGGAGAAUCCAAAGUAAAUCUUGGGGGGAAAAAAAUCUCAAACACAGCUAUCUAAUUCAUGACCUUGAAAGACAUUCUGUUGACUAGUCUGAUUAGAAAUAAUGGUACUGGUUGUCUUUUCACCAGGGAAGUUCAGCAUGGAGCUGUUCCUUGCUUUGGUUCAGGAUAUGUGCACAGGGACAGUCAUUCUUUAAAAUGAAGAUGGCUCUGUUUUUUAUAUCCCUUGUAGGCAGCCAGAGAGAUCUGUGUGACAUAAGAUGCUUUUGCACGGUGUAUCUUCUGCUCUUGUUUAUAUAAUAUGGAACAAAUAACUCUUCUUUGCCACCACUUUGCCUUAGAUAACGGUGCGUGUGGAGUCUGAGCUCUGACGCCACCUUUUCCUUCUAUGCAAUCAUGCCCUAUCUGAUGUUGCCUUGCUUUGUUCUGGGCUUCAGUGGGUUCUAGCUGCACACUGGCCUUGCCGAGUUCUUCUUUUUCUUUUCUUUCUUUUUUUUUAAAGAUCUAACUAAUUAAUUUAUCACUAGAGAGAGACGAGAAUGAGAGAGAGACACAGGGAAAGUGAGAAAGCAAGCCACCAGGUUUGGGACUUGAACUGUGGUCGAUCAUGUGGGAGUCCAGCAUCUUAACCACCACACUAUCUGCUGGCCCCUUUGCUGAAUUUUUCAAUUUGCUUAAUAACAGCACUUAGCCUGAUUUAACUCACAUAACCUGACACAAGAUCACACUGUUCUCUUGCCUUACUUAGUUGCUUAGUUAAGCACAGAACAGGCAAUCUAAGAUUCUGGGUUCAUGCACAAGCUGGGAAGUAAAGGGGAAUGAGCCAUAUAUCAUAGAAAAUGGUAGUUUAUGGGUAUAAUUAUUAUAUAUAGUGCUUUAUUCCCGCCAAGUAUUUUUCUAGCCUUGAAUUAAUUUUUAUCUUCAUUAUCCCUGGGAAGUAGGUAGGGCAAAUAAGAGGGGAAGUUGGAUGCUGAAUUUUGAGGCCAAAGACUGAUCUUAACACACAUUAUUUACUAACUGUAGAACCUUGGCACAUGAGUCAACUGCUCUGAGAUUCACGUUCCUCAUCUGUGAAAUGAGACUGUCUGCUGCCUACCUCACAGGGUUGUUGUGAGGGUCAAAUGAGCAUGUAUGUGAAAGAUCUGUACAUGGUAAAGCAUGAUAUUCUCGUUUGUUAGUCUUUUUCCAUUCUUUUGGAAGAUCUGCAGUCAAUGUUUUAUUUUACCGGUCACUUACUUUUCUCAUUGAUAGACAUUUUAAAGGAGUGUCCUUGGUUCACCUGUUCUGUCCCUAUCAUUAGAGAACCCGUGUCAAUUUUUUGAUCAAAACACACAGAAAACAAAAUGAUCCAAUGAAAGCUGGUUAAACUAGCAAAAGCCUGGCACCUGCUGGAGGCUGUGACUAAGCCAACUAACUGCAAGGGCAUUUUAGUCACGUUGGCAGGGGUGUGGCAUAGUUUGUGCCUCUUC